UUUGACAAACUUCCUUUUCACUUUUCAUGGUCCAACAACUUCCCAUUAAAGAGAUGCACUUUUGCCUUUCCUCUUAAGUCUUACCACUCACUCACUCACUAUAACAAAAUAAUUCCCAUACACAUUGAUAGUGUGGUAAGUGUAUCUAACAGAAACUAAGAGAUUGAAUAUCAAUGAUGAAGCAUUUUGCUUGGUUAUUUCUUUUGGCCAUUUUGGUCCAUCAAGAGUGUUUCAAUAUCAAUGUAGAAGCUGCUGGUGAUGGUUUUGUCAGAACAAGAGGCAUUCACUUUAUGUUAAAUGGAAAUCCUUACUAUGCAAAUGGCUUUAAUGCUUACUGGUUAAUGUAUACAGCUUCUGAUCCAUCUCAGAGAUUCAAGGUUUCUAAUGCUUUCCGUGAAGCAACUAGUCAUGGACUUACUGUUGCUAGAACUUGGGCUUUCAGUGAUGGUGGUUAUAGUCCUUUGCAAUAUUCUCCUGGCUUCUACAAUGAACAAAUGUUUAAGGGAUUGGAUUUUGUUAUAUCUGAGGCUAGAAAGCAUGGGAUUAAGCUGAUACUGAGCUUGGUGAACAAUUAUGAGAGUUUUGGAGGGAAGAAGCAGUAUGUGAACUGGGCUAGAAGUAAUAAUGGACAGUAUUUGACAUCAGAUGAUGAUUUCUUUAGGAACCCUGUUGUUAAAGGUUUCUACAUCAAUCAUGUUAAGACUGUUCUUAACAGGUACAACAGUUUUACUGGAAUUCAUUAUAAAGAUGAUCCAACAAUCAUGGCAUGGGAGCUUAUGAAUGAACCUAGGUGUACAUCAGAUCCUUCAGGAAGGACUAUUCAGGGUUGGAUCACGGAAAUGGCUUCUUUAGUGAAGUCCAUUGACAGGAAUCACUUAUUGGAAGCUGGACUUGAAGGGUUUUAUGGCCAAUCAACACCACAAAGGACCAAAUUUAAUCCUACUAUUAACAACAUUGGGACAGACUUCAUUGCCAACAAUCGCAUCCCAGGCAUCGAUUUUGCAACCGUUCAUUGUUAUCCCGACCAAUGGGUACAAAGUUCAAAUGAACAAGAUCAGCUAUCAUUUUUGAACAACUGGCUUAGUGCUCAUUUCCUAGACGCACAAUAUGCACUAAAAAAACCAAUUCUAGUUGCAGAAUUUGGAAAAUCAUUUAAAGAUUCAGGUUUCAGUAGUAACCAGAGAGAUCAACUUUUCAAUACCGUGUACUACAAGAUAUAUGCGUCUGCGAAAAGAGGCGGUCCUGCGAGUGGAGCAUUGUUCUGGCAACUUCUUACAGAAGGAAUGGAAUCUUUCGACGAUGGCUAUGGAAUAUUGCUUGGUCAGAGUACUUCUACCGCUAAUGUCAUUGCUCAGCAAUCUCAUAAACUAUACCUUAUUCGGAAGAUUUAUGCAAAGAUCGCUAAUGAACGACGAUGGAAAAGAGCUAGAUUUAACGGAAGAAGGUCUUCACGCGAUGGUGGAAAUAGAGGAGGACAAAUUGGGUUUUGAAAUUGGACUUUGGACUAGUAGUUACUUAUUAUUUGUGUUGUGUUGGGAAGACAUUUACAAAGUAUAGGUUUCUCUCUUUGAGAUGAAUCGGAAUGUUUUUACGUCCAAGAGGGUAACUAAAUUAUAUAUACAUGUUUUUAUCGCCAUGUUAUGCUUUCGGCUUCACGUUUGUUUAUUAGAGAAAGCUGAGGCUGCUUGAGUUUUUCUUUUGCAUCUACUUGUGUUUUGGUUAUCUAACAAGCACAGUAAUGUUGUGUAAUAGUACUGUUAGUUUUAUUACAUGUUUUUCUUGAUCUUAA